AUUUCAAAAGUCAGAAAAGAGAACAAAGUAAAAGAUUUAGGAAAAUGCAUGGAACUUACUCCCUAUAGUCCCAUUCCACAAGUCAUCAACCUUACCCAGCUUAUUUUAAAUUUUGGCCAUCUGCAAACUUUGGAAUCUCACCUUCUCCUUCAUAGUUUCAGAAAAUUGCAGAAGAAAAUCCUACCAAAAACCGUAGAUUAUUUCCAAGUUCUUGAAAGAUAUGCUCUUCUGUGUUGCUGCCAAGUUCUUAGCAGUAGCAAUCCUUCUUGGGUUUCGUCUUGCUCGAGUUGAUUGCUUGAAUUUUAACUUUACAGAAUUCAACCCAUCAUCAAGAGACCAACUCAUUCUGAGUGGUAAUUCAAAUUUGUUUUGGGGAGCCAUCCAAGUUACACCAGAUGCUGAUGGAGCCCCUAAAACUAACAAAUCAGGCCGCACAAUCUACGGAAAGCCAUUCAGACUCUGGAAGAAGAAAGGCUUCAACUCAUCUUUUAAUACCACCUUCGUGCUCAAUAUUCAAAAUCAGACAUACCCAGGAGGAGAAGGCGUGGCCUUUAUAUUAACAGGAUCGUCCGACGUCGACAUUAACGCCGACGGACAGUGGCUUGGUAUAGUAGAGCCGCAGAUGAACAAUUCCGCUCAAGCUCAGACAGUGGGGAUAGAGUUUGACACUAGGAAAAGCUACGAAGAAGAUCUUGAUGACAACCAUGUCGGCUUGGAUAUAAACACUGUCUACUCUCGCGUACAAUUCUCAUUAACUAAUCUUGGUGUUAAUCUUUCCAGUGGUACGAACAUUAGCGUACGUGUCCGAUACGAUGGUGAACUAAAAAAUCUGACCGUCUUCCUCGAGGACAUGAAGAUUCCAGUGUUCUCUGCGAUCAUCGAUCUCUCACUCUAUCUUCCAGAGAAAGUUUACGUGGGAUUUUCAGGCUCAACAAGCAAUUACACUCAGCUCAACUGCGUGAGAUCAUGGGCGUUCAACAGUAAUGAUAAAGAUGACAAGAAUCUUUUCUGGGUUUGGAUUGUGGUUCCAGUCCUAGGAUUGGCCUUGCUGGUUGGUGUCGCCUUCUCUGUUUACUGGAAGAAGAAAAUAGACAGAGAGAAAAUAGAGGAUUCUUAUCCCAGCAUAGAAGAAUUAAUCCAAGGCUCCUCCACUGCUCCCCGGAAGUUCAAACUGAAACAUCUUCGGAAAGCAACCGGCAACUUCAGCCACAAGAACAAGCUUGGCAAAGGCGGCUUUGGAACUGUCUACAAAGGGCUCAUGGGAGACAAGCUGGUCGCUGUCAAGAAAGUUUCCAAGAAAUCAACUCAAGGCAAGACAGAAUUCAUAGCAGAAGUCACCACAAUUGGCAAGCUUCAUCACAGAAAUCUCGUCAAGUUAAUCGGAUGGUGCUAUGAAAGACGCGAAUUCAUCCUUGUUUACGAGUACUUGCCUAAUGGAAGCCUAGACAGAUUCAUUUUCUGUGAUGACAAGUCCAGCAUGGAGGAAUCUACGAUAAGCUGGGAGACAAGGCUCAGCGUAGUAACUGGCUCAGCACAGGCGUUGGAUUAUCUGCACAACGGCUGCGAGGAGAGGAUACUUCACCGAGACAUCAAAUCCAGCAACAUAAUGUUAGAUUCUGAGUUCAAUCCCAAGCUGGGUGAUUUUGGACUUGCUCGUACCAUUAAACUCAGUGAUCAAACUCAUCACUCGACGAAAGAACUUGCAGGAACACCAGGCUAUAUGGCUCCAGAGAGUAUUCUCACAGGAAGAUUUACAAUUGAAACAGAUGUUUAUGCCUUCGGGAUCCUUGUCCUGGAAGUUGCCUGUGGAAGGAAACCUGGGAGUCAAAAUCAUCAGGAUGAUUAUAGCUGCAACAUCGUGAAUUGGGUAUGGGACCUCCAUAGAAAAGGAAGGAUAAUCAACGCCGCAGAUCCCAGAUUGAAUGGAGACUUUGCAACAGAAGAUAUGGAGCGAGUCCUUAUUCUGGGAUUGGCAUGUUGCCACCCGAAUCCACACAAGAGGCCGUCGAUGAAAAUUGUUUUGCAGGUUCUGAAAGGGGAAGCAACAGCGCCAUCAGUGCCCAGUGAAAGGCCUGUUUUUAUGUGGCCCCCGUUGCCUCCAUCUUUCAAAGAGCUCGAUAUCUCUCUUGGCCAACUCGCUCCAUUUUCAGAACUCAGUGCAAGAUAAAAGCAAGCAACAUAAUUUAAUCAGAAUGGUGUUCUUCUCCAUUCAUGCCGGUUUUAGUUAGCAGAUCAUGGACACUCUGUAAGGAAUUAGCAAUAAGGUCCUUGUAGUCUAGCCACAAAUUAAAAUAUUUGAUUUUUAUUUUUCCUUUUCUCCCUGUGAGAAUGUCACCUGAUCACAGGUUCAGUGGCAUUUCUUGUUGGAGAAGAUCUAUAUGUUUUCUUUCUUUAUAUUUUCUCUGUAAAUAUCAUGAUCAUCUUUCC